UCCCAAAAAUCAAACCCUUACCCGCCGCUUUUCUAACAAAAACAGAAAACGGAUAAAGUUUCUCUCAUCCGUCUCUCUAGCACUCAAAGUUUGUGCUAAGUAGAAAUGCUUGCCAACCCUAGCUUCCAUGGACGACCUCUACAAUUUGUACCAACAGUUCGUAACGAACUGUGCAGGCCCUCCGCUUGCCCUCUACAGCUUCACAGCAGAAGCUAUCAGUUCCUUGCUUCCUCAUUGGGAGACAAGAGGAAGAGAAUAAGAAGAAGAAGCAUUAGCCGAAGUUUUAAAACUCAAUUCUCCGUAAGAGCUUCAGCGGAGCCUCAGGACCUGUCGGUUUGGGCUGUGGGUAGUGCUGGAGUUCAAGCCUCCCCAUUCUCUGUUCGAAUACCCGUUGGGGAUAGACAUAUAACGGUUGAGACAGGUCUUAUAGGGAGGCAGGCUAGUGGGGCAGUUACAGUUACAGAUGGAGAAACUAUUAUCUAUACAACUGUUUGUUUAGCUGAUGUCCCAAGCGAGCCUUCUGAUUUUUUCCCUCUUUCUGUUCAUUAUCAAGAACGUUUUUCAGCAGCUGGUCGGACGAGUGGGGGAUUUUUUAAACGAGAGGGGAGGACAAAAGAUCAUGAGGUUCUCAUUUGUAGAUUGAUUGAUAGGCCUUUACGUCCAACCAUGCUUAAGGGAUUCUACCAUGAAACUCAAGUACUUUCUUGGGUAUUAAGUUAUGACGGUUUGCAUCCACCAGAUGCCUUGGCAGUUACGGCUGCUGGAAUUGCUAUGGCUUUGUCAGAAGUACCAAGUUCAGAAGUUAUAGCAGGAGUUCGAAUUGGUCUUAUUGGUGAUAAGUUCAUCGUGAAUCCAACCAUUCAGGAAAUGGAAAACUCGAAGUUGGAUUUGUUACUAGCAGGCACAAACAAUGCAAUAUUGAUGAUUGAGGGGUAUUGUGAUUUUCUUCCGGAGGACAAGUUGCUUGAAGCUGUAGAAGUUGGGCAGGAUGCUGUGCGGGGUAUCUGCAAGGAGGUGGAAGCUUUAGUGCAAAAAUGUGGAAAGCCAAAAAUGCUUGAUGCAAUCAAAUUACCUCCUAAAGAGCUGUAUAAGCUAGUCGAAGAAAUUUCUGGCAAUGAGUUGGUGGAAGUGCUACAAAUUAAAAACAAGAUUCCAAGAAGAAAGGCAUUAUCAUCAUUGGAAGAAAAUGUUAUAAGCAUAUUGUCUGAGAAGGGUUAUAUCAGUACAAUGGAAGCUUUUGGGUCUACUGAAACAUUACCAGAUUUGCUAGAGGAGGACGAGGAUGAAGAAGUGGUUGUUGAUGGUGAAGUUGAUGAGGGUGAUGUUCACAUAAAGCCAGUUGCAAGGAAGACUGUCCCAUUGGUAUUGUCUCGACUUAAUCUUUAUUAAUUUCUGACCUUCAUC